CAGAAUACUGAGAGCGUUUGUUUGGUACUUCACAGAAAAAAAACAUAACAAAACUGACCACUGUAAACGGAGCACACAAAACACACACCCACAAACUAAAUAAAUAUGAGAAUGGACUAAAAAGAUUCAGUUGGGUUCGUUCACUGAUUCAUUUGCUUAAAAGCUUCAAAACACCGAUUCGUUCACGAAUGAAACCUCACUACACUAUAGUCAUGUGUGGCUUCAAGUAAACAGUGACACUUACCAAAGUCCAACUCUAGAUUUACUGAACCACUGCAGAAAAUGUUGGUAUAUCAAGGAGUUGAGCUGGAAACGCCUCCCUCAGGACUGGAGAGAGAGUUUCAUACUUUAUUUAACUCUGAUGCUCUGCAAUUUCUGUCUGAACUCAUUUCUAACUUCCAACCAGAGGUUGACAAGGUUUUGAACUUGAGAGUCCUAAGGAAAGUUCAAUUGGAUCUUACUGGAGAGUUACCAGGCUUUCUGCAGGACACAGCUCACAUCCGAAAUGAUCCAAGCUGGAGAGUUAACCCAGUUCCAGACAGAUUACACUGCAGACAUGUGGACAUUGGUGACCUUUCACCGUGUAAUACACAACGCCUUAUUAUGGGACUCAAAUCUACUGCCCAAGGGUUACAGAUUGAUUUUGAUGAUGGCAACUGCCCAACAUAUCGCAAUCAAAUAAAGGGCAUUUAUAACGUUUACCUGGCUGUGCACAACCAGUUUCAAGAUGUACCACCCAUUUCUCAGGCUCCAGUGCUGAUGCUCCGUCCUCGAGCGUGGAACAUGGUGGAGCACAACAUGAUGGUGAAUGGUCGAGAGGUUCCUGGUCCAUUGUUUGAUUUUGGUCUGCUGAUGUUUCAUAAUGCAAAACUCCUUCUUCAAAAUCAGAGUGGCCCUUUUUUCUACUUGUCCAAGGUUGAGAGCUACAUGGAGGCCAGAUUGUGGAGUCAGAUUUUUUUCUGGACUGAGAAGAAGCUUGGCCUGCCACCGGGCUGUAUAAAGGCUACCGUGCUGAUUGAGUGUGUCCUGGCAUCGUUCGAGAUGGAGGAGAUUUUGUAUGAGCUCAAGGAGCACUCUGCUGGUCUCAACUGUGGCAUCUGGGAUUACUCAGCUUCAUUUGUCAACAAAUUCGGUCAUCGAGCUGAUUUCCUCCUCCCUGACCGCAGUAAGUAUGUAGAUAUGGAGAAGCGUUUCCUGCACAGCUAUAUGGACCUUCUAGUGCAGACGUGUCACCGCAGGGGUGCCCUAGCAACAGGUGGCAUGGCAGCAUUGCUGUUGCCUAGAGACAAAGAGAGUGACCUCUUCAAGACUGUACUCACUACUGUCACCAGACUUAAGUUACUGGAGAUCAAAGCAGGAGUUGAUGGGUUCAUGGUUUACGACAUGGACCUGAUUAAGCCCAUGCAAAAACUGUUCCAGCUUCACUCUCACAGUCAGAACCAACUCCUGCAGCUACGUGAAGACAUCAGUGUGACCCCUGAGGACUUGCUCAUCAUGCCUGCAGGAGGAGUAACAUUGUAUGGACUGAGGUAUAACAUUGCUGUAGGAGUCCUCUUCAUUGAAGCCUGGCUUUCAGGCAGAGGUCAUUUCUUCUAUCUGGGGAAGGUUGAGGAUUCAGCAACUGCAGAGAUAUCCAGAUCUCAGGUUUGGCAGUGGAUCCGGCACCAGGUGAGACUAGAGGAUGAUGGGAUGGUAGUGACACGAGGUCUAGUCAGCAGCUUGGCUGAAGACCUGAUUGGAGAUCUUAAGGCAGCCAUACAUUGCCAAACAAGCAGAGACCAAGAGAGGUUGAUGACUGCUGUGUCCAUGUUUCUAGAGAUAGUGCAGAAGAAUGAUUUCCCAGAGUUCAUCACUACAUACCUUAACCUGGACCACACUUUCCUCAGCUCUCAGAGCCAACAUGAGAACGGACCGACAGACGCGGUGCCCAAAGCCAGACUCUAAACAAGUCUAAGAUUACUUCCACAUCACAAGCAUAAUAAUACAUCCAUGAAUAUGUUGCUGUAACAUUUGUAAACCGCUAACUCUUCAUACCAAGAUUUUUUAGACAAUUACGAAGAUGGGUCAAAAUGGUGUGUAAAAAAAAAAAGGGUGUGAACAAAUUAUUUCCAUAUACCAAUAGCACAGUAGAGUUCAACCAAAUUUUUUUUUUUUUCCCCUCAACCAAUUGACUUAAAGGUGCAAUGUGUAAAUUUUAGCAGUAUCUAGUGGCGAGGUUGCGAACUGCAACCAGCGACGCUCACCCCAAGACAAAGAUGUCAUCGUCUGAGACAGCAGAGAGUAGCUAGUGAAGCAAUGAGGUUUCUUCUUACUUCUAACAAAUAAUGGUCUCUGUUCUAAUAAACCAGACAACUACUACUACUACUACUUCUUGCGUAUUCAACGUAGUGACGAUGCAAGCUGCCUCUAAAACACGAACAAUUUAGAAGAACAACAACAUAGUGACUAAACGCGCUCUGUAGAGCGUUUGUCCAUUUAGGGCUGCUGUAGAAACAUGCCGGUGCAAAAUGGCGACUUAACAUGUAAGGGGACCAGCGGUGUAUGUAGUCCGAAAUGGCUCAUUUGUAAGGUAAUAAAAACAUAACGGUUCAUUAUGUAAGGUCUUUAUACACCAAUGAAAACAUAGUUAUGUAUAUUAUAUUACAUUUCUGUCAAUAGAUCCUCCCAAAUUUUACACAUGGCACCUUCAAUUAUAUAAAAUAAACCAAAACAAUUAAAAAUCAAGAUAUGUCUAAUUGUAAUUCAGCCCAUCAACAACUACCUGGAAAAUAUAUAAUAAUAAUAAUAAUAAUAAUAAUAUUAUAACUGGAAUAUAUGAGGAAGCCUAAUUUUAAAAGUGUGAAUUUUAGACCCUGGAAGUUAAUAAAAUCAUAAAACUAUGAUGAACAUACAUUUUGAUUUUUCAAGUUAGGCCAAGUUCUAAAUAUUUUACAGGGUAGAUAUUAUGACUGCAAAAUAUUUAUAAAAAUUCUAACUUUUUACUGGAUAAAAACAUGAGGAUUUUUAAAGAUAAUCAAACAAUGGGAAAAACCAUGGGGUCUUUGAGUAUUGUUGUGGAUAACAGGGGGCCUUGGAGUCAAAAUGGUUGAGAACAAUUGCUAUAGAACAUAAAUCAAGGGUAUAAUUCAUUUUAAUAUAUUCAAAAAGGUCAUCUUAUUUCCAAACAUCAAGUAAAAGUAAUGCCUAAACGAGUAAAGUAAAAACAUACUUGAAAGCACAAAUUUAACUUUAGCAGCCCCUUCGAAUUCUUGUGGUCUGUAUUUUCUAAGAUUUGAAACUGUUACAUCUUAAAGUGUACAACCAAAUGUGGAAAUUAAAAACAAAAACAGAAGUGCAUCACA